UCAUCAUUGUGACCGAUGGGAUGGCGAACCUUCCAAGAAAUGCGCUGGCAGAUGGGUGAGCAGGUCCGAGGCCUCGACUCUCAGGCAGAGAGUCGCCAACAGUUGCUUCAGGAUGUAGCAGACUUCCUGCGCCGGAAGGCUGAGGUGGAGCAGGAGUAUUCCCGGGGGCUGGAGAAACUCUCUGAACGCUUCUCGGCUAAGAUCCGUGGCUCCAAGGAGCAUCAGAACUUCAGGAAAGACCAGAAUCUCCCGUCCCCCUUGAACUGCUGGUACACGAUCCUGAACCAAACACGGCAGGCGAGUCGGGACCACGGUGCGUUGAGCGAGAUUUACACAGGCCACCUAGCGCUGAGGCUGGGGCACAUCAGCGAUGACGUGGGGCGCCUGGCCAGGAAGAGCAAAGAGAUAGAACAGCAGAUGCAGGACGAGCUGCUGAAGUCAAUUUCAGAGUUGCAGACGGCCAUGAAGACUUACCAAACCUAUCGCAUAGACUGCCUGAACGCCGAGGGCAAGUUGCGCGAGGUGGAGCGCCAGGAGGAGAAACGGAGUGGAGGGAAGCACCUUGACCUUGGAGGGUCUCCUGGAGGGGCAGCGCUUGACAAGACACCCCGACGCUCCUCCCUCCGGAAGGUCGAACGGCUGCUUGAAAAGAGGCAGUCGAAGUUCCUGGAGAGCAAGCUGAAGUGCGCCAAGGCCCGGAACGACUACCUGCUGAGCUUGCAUGCUGCCAACGCUGCCACCAGCAAUUAUUACGUGCGGGAUGUUAAUGACCUGCUGGACUGUUUCGAUCUUGGCUUCCACCUUUCUCUGGGCAAAGUGCUGAAGACGUAUCUGGCGGCAGAGUCCCGGGCCCAGGCGUCUUGGCAGCAGGGCCUCUGCACCGUCGAAGGGGCUGUGGAUGCUUUGGACCCCCUGGGGGAUAAGUCCCGCUUGAUGGAGGCCAACCCCGCCGCCUAUUGCCCUCCGCUGUGCUUUGAUUACCAGCCGCAUGAAGGAGACGAGGUGUCCACCGUCCGAGCCGAAGGCCCCCUGAGAAACGAACUCGUCUCCCGCUUCCAGCAUAUCCAGUCUCGCCUCAACGCCAUAACUCUGGAGACUGAUGAGGUCAACAAAACCCUCAGGGCCACUCUGCAAAGCCUGCUAGACCUGUUGGCAGCAGAGGAGCCAGAGAUGCUCGACGCCUUCCAAGGCUGCCAGUCCACGGAGUCGCUUAAGUCCACCGGCUCCGAUGCCGGCGGGAAGCAAGCGCUGGCAAAGCGCCGGGCCAACCAGCAGGAGACGGAGAGCUUCUACAUUAUGGUACGGUCCUGGUGGAAUGGUAGCAUCGGAGACACCCUUUCUCACCCACUGCCUGUAAUGGCAGCUGUCUGCACCGCCUGUGUGCUGUCCUUGAUAGUUCUGGCAGCGGGUGCAGCUGGUCGUGACGUGUUCCUUUGGUGGCCGUGGCACUCAGCCGCUUCCACUAUUCACGUGCUGUGUGCUAGGCAGCAGGGAUCGUGGAUGGACACCGUCAAUAACAUCAACACAGGCAGAGAAACCCUCCGCACAACCUGCAAGUUUAAAUCCUUUUCCACAACCCCAGUGGAGUCAGAUUUAAAAGAGGACGAUUGA